UAUAGUAUCAUAUUAUUACUAUUUUUUUUUUUUUUAAUUUUAAUCGAAUCGAACUUCAGUAGUUAUUAGUCAGUUAAUGAUUUUUUUAUCAUUUGAAGAAGUAUAAUUUUAUUAUAAAUGAAAAGUUUAAUUUUCUAUUCUGUCCGCAGUAUGUAAUUUACUUAAAGAUAAUAUUACAGUUUAAUAUAUUAUUAUUAUUUUUAUAAUCGUGCUUUAAGUAAAAAUGCAAACUACACUAUCUUCUUGAUUUGACAUUAUUUUUUUUAUCGAUUAAUUUUUAAUUUUUUUUUUAAAUAUACAAAACAUGUCUUCUCAUACACAUAAUGAUCAGUAUCAGCUUUCAAAUGAGAAGAAAUUAAGGAAAAAAAGAAAAUUGGAACCGUUGUCAAAAAUUUUAAUUUUGGAAGAAAUUAUCGAUUUACAUGGUAAGCAGAAAAAAUUUAAGAAAAAUCAUAAUUCUUCUUUAACACUUGAAAAAUCAGAUGAACAUUUUAAUGAUAUUUCAAAAAAAGAAUGUGAUGCUAAAACUAAAAACAGAACAUCUCCACAUAAAAGAAAAAGUGAAUCGGUAUUGGAGAACUUGGUAUGGGAUUGCCUCCCAGCAAUUAUUAAUAGUAAUGAUGACAUAAAUAGUAAACGGAAAAAAAUUAAGAAAUAUAAUCGUUCAUUAAUCUCUGAAGAUCCGCAUCAUACUUUUAAUGACAUUUCAGAAGUAAAAAGUAACCAUAAAUCAAAAAGUAAACUAAUGAAAAAUAAUAAAAAUGAUAACAAUAUUUUUGUAUCCGAUACUAUGUAUAAAAAUGUUGAACAAAGUGUAAAUGAUCAGCUAUUUGAUUACAAAAAGAAGGGUAAAAAAAAGAAAAAGGAAAGGGAUACAAAAAAAAACGAAAAUGUAAAUAAUUUAUUUAAAGCUAUACCUGUAAAUGUAGAUGUUGAAAAAGAAAAGACUGUUUUCAAUAAUGUUGAACUUAUUAACACUAAUAAUACUGAACUAGAUGAAAAUAAUCAAUAUCAUGGUGAUGAAAGUAAUUCUAAAAAGAAAAGAAAUAAGAGCAUUAAUAAAGGAUCAUCUCCAAAAAAAGACAAACACAUAAAUAGAAUAAUCAAGGAUAGUUUUGUAUCUGAAAAUAUAAAUUAUGAAAAAGAUAGCAAUAUUAUAAACAAUGUUCAGCAUACAAGCACCUAUGAUACCAAUCUUGAUGUCAAUGAUCAAUCUUUUAAUUCCGAAAUCAAGGCUAAAAAGAAGAAAAAAAAGAGCAAUAAAGAAGGAUGGUCUCAAAAGAAUGAAGAACUUGUGCUUGGAAAUAUAGAUGAUGAAUUAGAUAAUAUGUUUAUUAAUAAUUUAAACACUAAUAAUACUGAACUCAAUGAAAAUAAUCACCCUCAUUAUUAUGAAAAGAAGUCGAAAAAUAACACUAAGACCAUUAAUGAAGUUGCUUCUCCAAAGAAAAACAAACUUAUAAACAGGACAUUUGCUGAUAGAUUAAUACCUAAAAGUACACUUGAUAAAAAAGAAAAUAUUAUGUCUAAGGAUAUUGAAUACAUGCACUCUAAAGAUAUCGAUAUUAGUUUAAAUAAUCAACCUAAUAAUUAUGAAAAAAAGUCUACAAAGAAAAAAAAGAAGCACAAUCAUGAAGAAUCGUCUCUAAAACAAAAUGAACUUGUACUUGAAAAUAAAUACGAUAAAAUUACUAAUAAUGUUUUUACAAAUGACUAUAAUGUCAAUACUAGUGAUUCUAAAUUUAGUGAAAUAAAUAAAUCUCAAAAAUAUGAAAAGAAAUCUAAAAAGAAAAACAAGAUGAGCAUAAAUGAAGAAUGUUCUUCAAAGAAAAACAAUCUUAUGAAUAAAAUAAUUAAGAGUGAAUUAAUAUGUGAAAGUAUACUUGAUGAAAAAGAAAAUAUUAUGUCUAAAGAUGUUGAAUACAUAAACUCUAAAGACAUUGAACUUGAUUUAAAUAAUCAAUCUAAUAAUUAUGAAAAAAAGUCUAAAAAGAAAAAAAAGAAGCACAAUCAUGAAGAAUUGUCUCUAAAACAAAACAAACUUGUACUUGAAAAUAAAGACGAUAAAAUUACUAAUAAUGUUUUUACGAAUGACUUUAAUGUCAAUACUAGUGAUUCUAAAUUUAGUGAAAUAAAUAAAUCUCAAAAUUAUGAAAAGAAAUCUAAAAAGAAAAACAAUCUUGUGAAUAAAAUAAUUAGGAGUGAAUUAAUAUGUGAAAGUAUACUUGAUGAAAAAGAAAAUAUUAUAUUUAAGGAUGUUGAAUACAAAAACUCUAAAGACAUUGAACUUGAUUUAAAUAAUCAAUCUAAUAGUUAUGAAAAAAAGAAGAAAAAGAAGCAUAACAAUAAAGAAUCCACUCUAAAGAAAAAUGAACUUAUAAAUAGAAUAAUUAAGGGUAGUUUUAUACCUGAUAAUGAAAAUUAUGAAGAUGAUAAGGCUAAAAAGAUAAAAAAGAAACGCAACAAAGAAGAAUCGUCUCCGAAGAAGAAUGGAAAAAUAACUGAAAAAAAAAAAAAUGAUGAUGAUGAUCUUUUUAAAAAUGUUUUCAAACACAUUAAUACCAAUGAUGAUGUAUACCAAAAAAUGUUAAAGAAAAAAAAUUUCUAUAUGCAUCCAUUUAGAUCAUUUACUACUUCAUCAUUGAAUCAACUAACCAACAAUGAUAUUGAUCAUAUUCGUAAUUUCUUGGAUGAAGAAUUAGAUGAAGAUGAAACCGAAGUCUCGUUUAAUAGUCAAAAGAUGUUUGAAGAUAUCCUUAAAUCGGAAAUAAAAUCUAAAACACACUGUCACAUAGAAAUUGUAAAAAAGGAGUAUGAAAAAAAAAUACCGCACACAAUUGAUUUUAAAUGUGGGAAAGCUACUCCAUCUGAAAUUUCACUAUUAAAAGAGUUCGGCAAAAAACUGUUUGAUAAAUUAUUUCAAAAGUACGAUGUACCCGAGGGUUACAUAAAUUUGGAUAUAAAAUUACCGAGUGACGCAAAGAAAGUAGACAUUCAUUAUAUAGAGACCAGCAUAUCACAUAGCGCGACCAAAGAACAAAUGAUGGUUGUUAAAAGACUCGACCCGUCUGUGAAAAAAGGUGCUUUUAGCAAGGAGGAAGAUGAUAUUAUUCGCUAUAAUUGGUCUCAAUUUCAACAGGAGUUUAAUAUAAAAAAUAGACAACAAUUCAUUGCAAAUGGAUUUGAAAUGGCUUUAGCAAGGAAACAGAGAUUCAAUUUCUUUCGUUAUUUAUCUCAAGGACUUCCUCAUCGAUUACUAUAUUCUGUAUUCACCAGAUUCAAUAAGCUUUUUGGGGAUACGGAAGAUCGUCUUGAUUUCGCAGAAGAAGAAGAUAAAUUGAUCACAAAGGUACACAAAUGUAAUGCAAUUAGAGAGAAACUUUCAUUUCUUAGUGUAUUUCUAAAAAGAAGUACUAUUCAAUUAUGCAAGCGAUGGGGCGCAUUAAAAUUAAUACCAUUCCGAGCUGAGCGUGUUGAUUGGACUGAAGAUCUCCGUCAAAAGUUAUUUACUAAUAUACUUUUAGUAACCAAAACUAAAAACUGGAGAGAUUUAAGAAAAAGAACAAUUGUAGCAGAUGAGUGGAAAAAAAUUGUAAAAGGUCUUCCUCCACACGUCACGUUUCAGAGAGCCAUAGGUUUUUGGAACUUCAAGUUAAAAAAUAUGCUAUUCACGAACACAUAUUUGUAUUAUUGCACCUUGAGACUAACAGUAUUAGAAUACUUAUUAGAAUUAAAUCCAAAAAAAUGGACUGACAUCAAUUGGCCAAAACUCACAAAAACAUUGUAUCCAGAUUUAUCAAGAGAUUUUGUGCAUACAUUGUUUCAUGGUUGGUUUAAGAAAAGAGUACCCAAAGAACUACAAAUGGAUACACAUAAAACUCUUAUGUAUAUAUCGGAAAAUCUCAAGGAACAAUUAAUAAGUAGAAUUAAUCGUGAACGUGACACAAUGUUGCAACGGCUAACGGUUAAAAGCGGUUUAUUAGUAAAAGUAGAAGAUGAAAAUUAUGGUUUAUAAUUUAAUAUAAACUUUAUAUUAAUUCAUGGUUUAUAUUGUUUUAAAUAUAAUAAACGUUUGUGUGCAUGUGAAAAUAAAAUAAAUAAUUUAUUAUUAAUUUUAUUGUUUUAAAAAAAUAUGCAUGUGUUAAUCAUAUUUAGUAAAUAUUAAAAUAUUAUUAAUUUAAAUUAAUAAAAGUCAUUAGUA